AUGUCCUGGACAUCACGCCUCGGCGGCUGGUCCGGCAAGUUCAGCCCCUUCGGCCGCGAUCCGCAGAACGCGGAAGUCAAGGACUCCGACUUCUCCUACAUCACCUCCGACGACCUGCGGCGGAACCUCGUCCCGCCCACUUCCGGCCCACGGCCAGAAAAAGACACCGACGUCCUCGUGCUCAAGCACCGCAAGAUCAGCUACCCGAUACACUUCGCCCGCGACAGCAUCGAUCGCGGCGAGCUGACUGUCGGCGAGAUAAGAAGCCAGGCGGCGAAGAAGAUGGGCGCGGAUCCCCGGCGGAUCAAGCUGUUCUACAAGGGCCGGAACAUGGCGGAUGAUAGCCGGCUUGCGCGCGAGGAGGGGCUAAGGUCGGACCUGGAGAGCGAGAUCCUCUGUUCCGUCGGCGAUGCUGCGCUUUCCUCCGACGGCGGCGUACCACUUGCAGAUACCGUGAGCGCCGGCAGCGACGACGAAGACGAUGCUGAGGAUGGUGAUAGCGCUGCCAAUAGCACACCUGGUAAGGACGGCGCAGGCAAGAAGAAGCGCAGGUAUCGUAAGAAGAAGUCGAAGAAGGGCGGAGCGAGCGGAACCUCCACACCCCCAACGAGUACCGGGACACACACGCCCACGGCCGAGUUCCUGGGUAUACCGUCUGCGCCGCCCCCGAGACCGACCUCUGCUCCCGCGGCACCGAGGUCCGCUCCGCCUGAAAGCCCGCUGGACAAGCUGGACGCCAUUGCCUCCACGUUCCAUACGAAGUUUGUGCCGGAUUGCAUACAGUUUACGGCUCAUCCGCCAGCGGACAGAGCAAAGCGGGCAUUCGAGCAUAAGAAGUUGACGGAAAUGAUUUUGGCGCAGGUCCUGCUGAAGCUCGAUAGUGUGGAGACGGAGGGUGUGGAGGGAGCAAGAGAGAAGAGGAAGGCCCUUGUAAGGGAGGUCCAGGCAAUGAUGAACAAGCUGGAUGAGGUUGCAAAGCAAUGA